AUGGCCUCACCCUCCUCUCCUUCCAGGGUCCUUUGGGGGGUCUUGCUCCUUGCGCUGCUCUCUCUGGCUCAGGCAGGUGAGUGACAGUCCUUCCAUCUUAUUGUAACUUGCUCUACGCGGGGCUGCCCUUGAAGCUGUCCCAGAAACUCCAGCGGGUGCAGAAUGCCACGGCGAGGCUCCUCACCGGGUCUCUGCCAUGGGAGCAUAUUCACCCAGUGCUUUUCCAGCUGCAUUGGCUCCCUGUGGAGUACAGGGUCAGGUUUAAGGUGCUGGUCUUGACCUUUAAAGCCCUAUGUGGCCUAGGACCCUCGUACCAAUGGGACCGCCUUUCCUGGUAUGCCCCGCGGAGGACCUUAAGGUCCAUAAAUAGCAACACUCUAGACUUCCCGGGUGGGACGCGGGUGGCAUUGUGGGUUAAACCACAGAGCCUAGGGCUUGCCGAUCAGAAGGUCGGCAGUUCGAAUCCCCGCAAGGGGGUGAGCUCCCGUUGCUUGGUCCCUGCUCCUGCCAACCUAGCACUUUGAAAGCACGUCAAAGUGCAAGUAGAUAAAUAGGUACCACUCCGGCGGGAAGGUAAAUGGUGUUUCCGUGCGCUGCUCUGGUUUGCCAGAAGCGUCUUAGUCAUGCUGGCCACAUGACCCGGAAGCUGUACGCCCGCUCCCUCGGCCAGUAAAGUGAGAUGAGCGCCGCAACCCCAGAGUCAGCCACAACUGGACCUAAUGGUCAGGGGUCCCUUUACCUUUUAGACUUCCCGGGCCCUAAGGAAGUCAGAUUAGCCUCAGCCAGGGCCAGGGCCUUUUCAACACUGGCUCCAGCCUGGUGGAACGCUCUGUCUCAUAAGAUUCUUUCCGCAGGGCCUGCAAGACAGAGCUGUUCUUUUUGCACAAAGCUUUGGCAUAGUAUAUUGUAUUUUAAAAUGGGGUUUCAGAGUUUUUAGGGGUUUUUGAAUGUUCUAUGUAGAUUUUCAGUUUCAUUGUUCUGUAUGGGACAAUGACAAUAAAGAUAUCGUAUAUCAUCAGUCUGGAGGGGGUCCUAAAUUUGGGAUAACACCACCCUGGAUCCUAGUCAGGGGGGCAUGUUCUUAUCUUCACCCCCUCCCCAGAUCAAAUCGCCUUCAAGGAGGCCAUUUUGAUUGCGAAAGACAGCCUGAGGAGGCCAGGUCUUGUGACAGUUGAUUCUAUCAGUUAAUUAUUUACCAUGUAAAGAAACCCUCCCUUUUCCUCUCUCCUAAAUCCACCCCCCAAUCCAUUUCACUGAGUUACCUGGACAAGAAGCUUUGGGAGAGAGUGGCGUGGAAGCAGUCAGCUGCAGGGCACCUGAUUUUGCAUGAAGAAGAUCUCAGGUUUAAUCCCAGAGGGUCAACAAUGUCUAGGCAACACGAUGGCCAUGUACAUACACAAUAGACAAUCUUUAUAGAAUUCCUUCAAACCAUAACAAGUCCAAAAUGAAAUCUUUCAUCUCAAAGUCUCUGAAAAUCUUUAAAUGAAGCAAGGUACCAGACUUUGUACGAUGAAAGACAAGCUGUGAAGCUUUGUGUAUUCAGCAAAUAUGAUGUCCAACACUGAACAGUGAUUCCGGAUAUUGACUACUGUUUCGCAGAAUUCUUCGUCAGCGUGGUGGGAGGAUAUAGAAUUGCUUCAUAAACCCAUCUUAUUUCGAAUGAAUGUACGUAAAUGAAAAUAUCCAAUGCUGUGGAACAGUGCUCAUGUAAUAAUGUAGUCACUGCUCUGUUGCGUAUGUACACGGUCAUCGUGUUGCCUAGACAUUGCUGACGUUCUCUUUGCAACACUGGGGUUUGUUUGGUUACUUAAUCCCAGAAGGGCGUGAAACUCUGGCGAGCUGCUGCCAGUCAGUGUAGGAGACAGUACUGACCUAGAUAGACCAGUGGUCUGAUUUAGUACAAGGCAGCUUCCUCUGGUCCUAUGCGUGGCUCGCUCUCUCCAUGCCACGUAUAAUUUUCCAAACCUUUAUCAUACCCCUCCGUUGUUAUCAUUUUCCCUUUGCACUAACUAACCUCAGAUACUUUUGCCUUUCCUUGCAUGCCCCAGGCUUUUGAUCAUAUGGAAGUUGAUCCAUAACACCCCACCCAUCUGGCUGGGUUCCCCCAGCCACUCUGGGCAGCUUCCAUCACAUAUAAAAACAUAAGAAAACGUCAAACAUUAUUAUCGUUGUCAUUGCUACAUUUGUUAUAUGUAUAUUGUGGACGUGGGUGGCACUGUGGUCUAAACCACUGAGCCGCUUGGGCUUGCCGAUCAGAAGGUCAGCGGUUCGAAUCACCGUGACGGGGUGAGCUCCUGUUGUUCGAUCCCUGCUCCUGCCAACCUAGCAGUUUGAAAGUGCACCAGUGCAAGUAGAUAAAUAGGUACCGCUCCGGCGGGAAGGCAAACAGCGUUUCCGUGCGCUGCUCUGGUUUACCAGAAGCGGCUUAGUCAUGCUGGCCACCUGACCCAGAAGCUGUCUGCGGACAAAUGCCAGCUCCCUCGGCCUAUAGAGCAAUAUGAGUACCGCAACCCCAGAGUCGUCCACGACUGGACCUAACGGUCAGGGGUACCUUUACCUUUACCUCUCUCUCUCUAAAUACUCUCAAAGCAACUUUGAGGUUGAUUUCUAGGUCCCUGUUGCUUAUUCAACACCAAACAGAAAGAGCUGUAUUUGUUCCUGCACCUUGAAAUAAAGACCGGGAGAGUGUCCCCUUCAAAAUGCACAACAAUUAUCCCUCAUCAAAAGCUCUUUUUUUUGCACAAUGUGCUGUAACUCAUAAAAACUCCAGACUACACUUCUCAAUAAGGCGCUUUGGAUUUUUCACCCUAUAAUACGUUUUGAGUCACCCUCAAGGAAGCAUCCACAUCGCCUGCACACUUGAGCUUUCAAAAAACACGAUGGCAUCACAUCCGACCCUACUGGGGCCAGUGUGGUGUAGUGGUUAGGAGCAGUAGACUUGUAAUCUGGUGAACCGGGUUCGUGUCUCCGCUCCUCCACAUGCAGCUGCUGGGUGACCUUGGGCCAGUCACACUUCUAUGAAGUCUCUCAGCCCCACUCACCUCACAGAGUGUUUGUUGUGGGGGAGGAAGGGAAAGGAGAAUGUGAGCCGCUUUGAGACUUCUUCAGGUGGUGAUAAAGCGGGAUAUCAAAUCCAAACUCUUUCUUUCUUUUCUCUUACUUGGGGGGUUAAUUUUGGCAUGAGCCACGGUCAGAUAUGCUCCCCUGGCCAGUAAUUGCCAAUAUACACAGCCGUGAAUGAGAAAAUGGGGUGUGUGCAGCCAUCAUCUCAAAGGGAAUGGUCUCUUGGCCAUUGAUGCAGAAGAUGGGGGGUGUUCAGAAGCAGGGCUUUCCCCCCCAGCUGGAACUUGGCAAAACUGGGUUCUGGCACCUCGCAGGUGGGUGAUUGCCAUUACAGUGGUACCUCAGAAGUCGAACGGAAUCUGUUCCAGAAGUCCGUUCGACUUCCAAAACGUUUGGAAACCGAGGCGCAGCUUCCAAUUGGCUGCAGGAGGCUCCUGCAAUCAAUCGGAAGCUGCAGAAGUUGUGUCAGAUGUUUGGGUUCCAAAGAACGUUUGCAAACCGGAACACUCGCUUCUGGGUUGUGGCUUUCAGGAGCCAAAAUGGACAAGUACCAAGGCGUUCGGGAUCCAAGGUACAACUGUACGUUUCUGAGCACAAUUGAAAGUGUUGGUGCUGACCUUUAAAGCCUUAAACGGCCUCGGCCCAGUAUACCUGAAGGAGCAUCUCCACCCCCAUCGUUCAGCCUGGACACUGAGGUCCAGCUCCGAGGGCCUUCUGGCGGUUCCCUCACUACGAGAAGCAAAGUUACAGGGAACCAGGCAGAGGGCCUUCUCGGUAGUGGCACCCACCCUGUGGAACGCCCUCCUACCAGAUGUCAAAGAGAAAAAUAACUACCAAACUUUUUGAAGACAUCUAAAGGCAGCCUAAUGUUUAAUAGGUUAUUGUAUUUUAGUGUUUUGUUGGAAGCCGCCCAGAGUGGCUGGGGGGACCCAGCCAGAUGGGUGGGGUAUAAACAAUAAAUUAUUAUUAUUAUUAAUAUUAUUAUUAGAAAACAAGGGAGGCAUUCAUGGUGAGUUCUGGCAGCUCUUUUUCUAGAGAAAUAGUACUGCUCAACAACAUAUUUUUGGAUGCAGGGGCAUAUACAUUUCAGUUCCUCAUUGAGGCCGAAUGUGCAGAUCUGUCUGUACAAUCUUCCAACUCUAUGAUUCUGGGAACUACUAGUGAGCUGCUUUUAGUUGUCAUAUUCUAUCAGCCUUCUUCAACCUGUUGCCCUUUGAGAAGGGCCACAGCUCAGCAGCAGAACAUCAUGCAGAAGGUUCUCAGUUUGGUAGCUGGCAUCCCCAGGUAGGAUUGGGAGUGAAUAGACUCCUGUCUGAAAUCCAGUCCGUGUAAACAAUACCAAGCGAUGAUCUGAUCUGGUUUAAGGAAGCUUUCCUAUCUUCCUAGAUGUUUCAGGAUUGAGUGAAUUCUCCACUCAGCUCACCAGGUGACCUUGGGCCAUGAAGAUCACCAGGUGACCUUGGGCCAGCCAGCCAGCUUAGCCUACCUCACAGGGUUGUACUGAAGGUGGAAGAGAACCACGCAGAGCAUCUUGAGAUCUUUGGAAGACAAAAGUUGUCUAUAAAUGUAAGAAAUAAAUACAGUGGUACCUCGGGUUAAGUACUUAAUUCGUUCCAGAGGUCUGUUCUUAACCUGAAACUGUUCUUAACCUGAAGCACCACUUUAGCUAAUGGGGCCUCCUGCUGCUGCCAUGCCGCUGGAGCACAAUUUCUGUUCUCAUCCUGAAGCAAAGUUCUUAACCUGAGGUAAUAUUUCUGAGUUAGUGGAGUCUGUAACCUGAAGCCUAUGUAACCUGAGGUACCACUGUAACCAGAACUCAAAAAAAGAGAGUUUUUCUUCCAUUGACCAUUUGGGCAAAAGGGACCCACAAUCUUUUGAAGUGUAGUAAUUUUCAAGGGUCAGGGGUCAGUCUUGAUGGGAUACUUUUCACCUUGGGACGCUUCAGAUGGACUCCGGAAGGAGCAGCCUCUUGGCCUUCCAGAGACCAUGAGACUCUGCGUUUCUGCUUGCGAGGCAGAUGCGGUCCUGCGUGUGCAUUUUGCAAGCAGGAAACUGACGCUGUGCACUCAGCAGCUUUUGUGUCUUCUGUUUCACAGAAGCAAGACGCCGGAACGUUUGCUAGCGUGCUGCUUUACAGAGAAGCAGCGAAGCACAAUCCCCCUUUUGGAUGUUCAUCAGCUGCUUUCGGUUCCCCAAAUGUGGUUUGACCGAGCGUUUGCUUCUUGUCAAGUUCCCCCCCAAAAAAUUGUUGCAGGGGAGGUCAGAGAUGUUUGGGUAGAAUACAAGAACAAAAAACCAAACACCACACGCCGGCAAACAUUUUUAACUACCGCAGGAGUAAAACAAGCAUAUGCAUCACAAACAACAAUUCCUCUUUCAAGCCAUCUCCAACUAAGGCCGUGGAAACGCUAUGCAUUUAAAGUACAUGUCUCCCCCCAAAGAAUCCUAGGAACUGUAGUUUGUGAAGAGUGCUGGGAAUCGUAGAUUGGUGAGAUCUGGGAAAUGCCCAUUUCCCAGAAUUCUUUGGGGGAAGAUUCAAAGACAAUCCAUGAAACUUUUAAACAUUUCCGUGUAGUAUAGCAUAGUAUCAAAGUAAUUUUAUUUUUAGAAUAUGGAUAGAUAUCUUUUCAAAACGAGAGCAAGAGCAUGCCUUCUUUGUGCCUAGUUUGUCUCAAACAUGACCUAAUAUAAAUGAGAUUACCCAGCGAAAACAAGCUCACGCCUUUUGUUGGGUUUGCAUACAUACUUAAGGUACAUAUAUAAGGGCUUGUUUAUAUUUUGGGAAUGGUUCAGAGAAUCAGAGAAUCGUAGAGUUGGAAGGGACCCUGAGUUUUUCCUGAUGUUUAGUUGGAUUCAUGUUCUUAAGUCACUGCAUUGUUUUAUACUUUUGGGGUGCCCCAUGAUCAUAUUAUAAAAAAGUAGGGCUCUGUGCUAUGAAUCAAGCACUGCUGGGAGUCAUUUCCUUUUUCCCAGUGUAUUUCUUAUAAAUUAAAAAAAAUUGGAGUGGCACAAGCACAUUUUUGUUCUGAAAGUGUGGCCCAGAGAAAAAAAUGUUUGAGAACCACUGCUCUGGCAGGACAGCUGUGUUGGUCUGUUGUCCGAAAACAAGCAAAGAGUCUGGAGCAUCUUUUGUUACGGUGCCCUUCUGAAGGAGCGCCUCCACCUCCAUUGUUCUGCCCGGACACUGAGGUCCAGCUUCAAUGGCCUUCUGGCGGUUCCCUCCCUGCGAGAAAUGAGGUUACAGGGAACCAGGCAGAGGGCCUUCUUGGUAGUGGCACCCACCCUGUGGAAUGCCCUCCCACCAGAUGUCAAAGAGAACAACAACUACAGUGGUACCUUGGGUUACAUACGCUUCAGGUUACAUACGCUUCAGGUUACAGACUCCUCUAACCCAGAAAUAGUACCUCGGGUUAAGAACUUUGCUUCAGGAUGAGAACAGAAAUCGUGCUCCGGCGGCACAGCAGCAGCAGGAGGCCCCAUUAGCUAAAGUGGUGCUUCAGGUUAAGAACAGUUUCAGGUUAAGAACACAUCUCCAGAAAGAAUUAAGUUCUUAACCUGAGGUAUAAUAAUAAUUUAUUAUUUAUACCCCGCCCAUUUGGCUGGGUUUCCCCAGCCACUCUGUUCGGCUUCCAACAAAAUAUUAAAAUACAAUAGUCUAUUAAACAUUAAAAGCUUCCCUAAACAGGGCUGCCUUCAGAUGUCUUCUAAAAGUCUGGUACAGUGGUACCUGUGUUCUCAUGCUGAAGCAAAGUUCUUAACCCGAGGUACUAUUUCUUGGUUAGCGGAGUCUGUAACCUGAAGUGUCUGUAACCUGAGGUACCACUGUAUUUCAACUAUGGCUCCCAUCAGCUGGCUGUCCACAAAUGCUUGUGCCGUAAUAACAACCCUGUAUGCUGCUGGAAUCCUGAGCAUUCGUUGAAUAGCCGCGAUGGCCUGCACUGGGCCGUCUAAAUGCCAAGAUGCAUGUGAUCUGAGAGAGCCUGGCAUUAUGCAGAAGUGCACAACUUCAGGCGUCUUUUCGGUGUCUUCCCCUCCAGGCAGGAAUUUCUGGCUCUUCCGCCAGCAGGUCCUGAAGCAGCAAGAGCAGCGCGCGAUGCAGGAGGCGUAUCUUCGCCUGAGACAGCUGCCUCGGUUCCUGGUCCCAGGGAUGUGGGACGCUCCCCUCGAGAGCUUCAUCCGCCAGCCCCUGGACCACUUCAACCGACAGGAGCAGCGCACCUACAACCAGGUACGAGGUGCUCGAUGAUCUGGCAACAUCGAUGGCGCUUACUUGGGUUUAUUAUUUCAACUCAUGUGCAACCACUCGUUCUACGUGCCUUUUUUAUAGUUUUGCUUUUCAUCUUUUAGUUUUCUUUUAAAAAAAUAUAUUUGAUUUUCCAGAUUAAAAUUUUACAUUCACAUAACAGCAUAAAAUAUAAAAACGAGAUUCCAGAGAAUCUCCUGGACUUCCCUUCUCCCUUUUGUGAGUCUUAUUAUUUGUCCUUUCCUUCUGCAUCUUUUAUAAAGGUUGUUUUCUGCUGCUCCAGAGAAGCGGACACGGAGCAAUGGAUCCAAACUACAAGAAAGAAGAUUCCACCUAAACAUUAGGAAGAACUUCCUGACAGUAAGAGCUGUUCGACAGUGGAAUUUGCUGCCAAGGAGUGUGGUGGAGUCUCCUUCUUUGGAGGUCUUUAAGCAGAGGCUUGACAACCAUAUGUCAGGAGUGCUCUGAUGGUGUUUCCUGCUUGGCAGGGGGUUGGACUCGAUGGCCCUUGUGGUCUCUUCCAACUCUAUGAUUCUAUGAUUCUAUGAUUCUAUGAUUCUAUAAGAAUCCAAAUUUUUGUAUCUCCAUUAUAUCCAAAGUUAUAUCAUUACACUACAAGUGUUGUUCCAAUCCCACUAACGAUUUUAACUGUUUACAACGGUCCUUAAGAUAAAUUAUAAAUUUCCCCCAUUCCUUAGAGUCAAUGUGGUGUAGUGGUUAAGAGCGGUAGUCUCGUAAUCUGGGGAACCGGGUUUGCGUCUCCGCUCCUCCACAUGCAGCUGCUGGGUGACCUUGGGCCAGUCACACUUCUUUGAAGUCUCUCAGCCCCACUCACCUCACAGAGUGUUUGUUGUGGGGGAGGAAGGGAAAGGAGAAUGUGAGCCGCUUUGAGACUCCUUCGGGGAGUGAUAAAGCGGGAUGUCAAAUCCAAACUCUUCUUCUUAUUAAAGUUUUGGUCCUCCUGAUUUCUGAUUCUUCCGGUCAUUUUUGCCAUUUUGCCAUAGUCCACCAACUUGAUCUGCCAUUCUUCUCUGGUAGGGACUUUAUCUUCUUUCCAUCUCUCGGCUAAUAGCAUCCGCACAUAUAUGUAAAUAGUCUUUUCUGAUCCCUUGGAAUUUCAGCACCUAGAAUUCCUAAAAGAAAAGCUUCGUUGUUUUUUUUAAAAAAAGUUAUUUUAAACAUUUUUUUCCAAUUCAUUAUAUAUCUUUUCCCAGAAUGCUUUUACUACCUUACACAUCCACCACAUCAUUCAAUUUUCACCUGCUGUGAUGAUUGUUCCCUUUGUUUUAUAUACAUUAUAAAAUUAUUAUUAUCAUCAUUAUUGUUAUGCUUUACAUGUGCUGUCUGAAUGUUGCCUUAAGGUUACCAAACGUCCCUGUUUCCCGGGGACAGUCCCCAGAUUUACAAAUCAGUCCCCAUACAAAAUCCAUUGAAGUUGAAAAGUGUCCCCGGAUUCAUUGAAAAAAAUCUGGUAACCUUACCUUAGGCAAGCCCACCCCCUCUGUAGAGUCAUGCUUUGGGGAGGGGGAGUCCCUUUCACUCGUAGUGAUAUUCCUUCUCUUCUUUGUUGUUGUUUAGUCGUGUCCAACUCUUCGUGACCCCCUGGACCAGAGCACACCAGGCACUUCUGUCUUCCACUGCUUCCCGCAGUUUGGUCAAACUCAUGCUGGUAGCUUCAAGAACACUAUCCAACCAUCUUGUCCUCUGUCAUCCCCUUUUCCUUGUGCCCUCCAUCUUUCCCAGCAUCAGGGUCUUUUCCAGGGAGUCUUCUCUUCUCAUGAGGUGGCCAAAGUAUUGGAGUCUCAGCUUCAGGAUCUGUCCUUCCAGUGAGCACUCAGGGCUGAUUUCCUUCUGAAUGGAGAGGUUUGAUCUUUUUGCAGUCCAUGGGACUCUCAAGAUUCUCCUCCAGCACUGUAAUUCAAAAGCAUCAAUUCUUCGGCUAUCAGCCUUCUUUAUGGUCCAGCUCUCACUUCCAUACAUCACUAGUGGGAAAACCAUAGCUUUUACUAUACAGACCUUUGUUGGCAAGGUGAUGUUUCUGCUUUUUAAGAUGCUGUCUAGGUUUGUCAUUGCUUUUCUCCCAAGAAGCAGGCGUCUUUUAAUUUCAUGACUGCUGUCACCAUCUGAAGUGAUCAUGGAGCCCAAGAAAGUAAAAUCUCUCACUGCCUCCAUUUCUUCCCCUUCUAUUUGCCAGGAGGUGAUAGGACCAGUGGCCAUGAUCUUCGUUUUUUUGAUGUUGAUGUUGAUGUUUUGAUGUCUCUUCUUUACCUCCCUAAAAUUCACAGCGAUUCUGGAUUAACCAGGACUUUUGGCGACGCCCCGACGGACCGGUCUUCCUCUUCAUCGGGGGCGAGUCUGCCUUGUCGGUGUUUGAUGUGCUGGCAGGUGGGUGUCAGGCAACACCUCAGUUGCGGAGAUUGGGGAACGAGGUCUCUUACAUAGUCAUUCAUUCAUUCAUGGCAUUUCAACCCCGCGUUUUUCUCCCAAGGUGGCACCUGUGGUUGUUAUGUACUGAAGUUCUCACCCUGGGCCAGCAGGGGGAUACUGUAGAUAGUUCAGGUCCACAUGUGCAAAUAAGGGAUCGAAAGUGACGUUCAGUGAUUGGAUAGUUACAGAAAGUUGUUACAGUUACGUUGUAAUGGAGCUCUAUAUAAGCAGGCUGGCUGAACCCUUCAGUUCAGUUCUGUUCUGGCCUGUGAAUAAACAAGAGCUGUUUGACGAAUCGCUGUGUUGUCUGAUAUGUUCACCCACAACUUAACACUGGCGACGAGGAUGGGAUCGAUGGACAUCAGAGCACAGCCAGAUGCGGCCACUCUCUGAGCUGAGCUGAAUGACUGAGCUGAAACACUGAGCAAAAUCACGGAGCAGGGUGAGAACUUCAGUACAUAACAGUGGUUCUCUUCCUCCUCAUUUAAUCCCCUCAGCAACCCUGUGAGGUAGGCUGAGAGGCAGUGACUGGCCCAAGUGAGCUUCUUAGCUGAGCAGGGAUUUGAACCCUGCACUCCCAGGUCCCAGCCCAACACUCUAACCACUACACCACACUGUUUUUGAGAUGGGAUUUGCCAGAGCUUCGCCUUCAACUGCAUUUGCAGGGCCCAAGGCUCUGCCCUGGAUUGACUGAAGGCAUACGGAGCGGCCACGAGGACGUACAAAGUUCCUGCACCAAGGCUAGGAUGGUUUUGUCGUCCCAAAUUCCUGUGAAUGGUGUCCAUUCGUCUUUUGUCAACAUUUAAGCUUUCAUUCCCAGUUGCUGGCAAUCACCGGUAUGCAGAGUGCUGCUGUUCUCCUGUCCAGCUUGCAGGCUGCGUCCACACCGUAAUAAGAAUAAAUAAUAAUUUUAUUAUUUGUGCUCCGCUCAUUUGACUGGGUUUUCCCAGCCACUCUGGGCGAUCAUAUAUUUAAAACACUAUGAAACCACUUUUAACAAUCAUGGUUCCCCCCCAAAAAAAAAACUUUGGGGGCUGUCAUCUGUUAAAGGUGCUAAGAGUUGCCAGGAGAACUACAAUUCCUAGCUCUUCCCUAUGAAGAAAGUUGAAAUGUUAAACCACUCUGAGAAUUGUAGCUCCGGGAAGGCUUAGGGGUCUCCUAUCCUCUGUAGUCUUUGAACCUGAAGGUCCCCAUCUACACAAUACAUUUAAAGCAGUAUCAUAUCACUUUAAACCAGAGUUUCCCAAACUCGGGUCUCCAGCUGUUUCUGGACUACAACUCCCAUCAGCCCAUAGUCAGCAGCACCAGCGGUCAGGGAUGAUGGGAGCUGUAGUCCAAAAACAGCUGGGGAAACCCUGCUUUAAACAUUCAGGCCUUCCUUCUCCCAGAGAAUCCUGGGAACUGUAGUUUGUUAAGGGUGCUUAGAGUUCUUAGGAGGCCCGCUAUUCCCCUUCCACGGUUACAAUUCCCAGAGUGGUUUCCCAGUCAGUCCCUCUUCCUAGGGAACUCUGUGAAUUAUAGCUCUGUGAGGGCAGCAGGCAGGAUCUCCUAUCCCUCUUAACGAACUACAGCUCCCAGAAUUCUUUGCAGGAAGCCACAACUGCUUAAAGUGGUAUCGCCGCGCUUUAAACGUAUGGUGUGAAGGUGGCCAGAGUGAGACCUAUCCCCUGUUUCUCUUUCCGGUUUUAGGACACCACGUAGAGCUGGCCCAGAAGUACGGAGCUCUGGUGUUGGCCCUCGAACACCGUUUCUAUGGGGCCAGCAUCAAUCCCGAUGGGCUGCAGGAUCACAACCUUCAGUUCUUGUCCAGCCAGCAAGCGUGAGUUGGCACCUGUGACUCGUAUUGCAAACCCUGCAUGCGUUUCCAUAAUACCGUAACAUUUUCUUUAAAUAUUUUACAAACGCUUCCAUUCCUCCAGAAACGUUUCCUUCAUUUUUAAUCUCUAAUUUUGGCUUGCUCUGUCAUUUUUAUAAGCCUUUGGCAUCUUUUCGUUGGCAUCUUGCCUCCUUCCCAUUUUUGAGCGUAUAUCGUUCUUGCCGCUGUCGUGGCAUGCAUAAAUAAAUUGUCUUAAGUCGAUCGCAUCUGGUUGCAAGUUCUGCCGUCUCCUUUUGCAGCUUGUCUGACCUGGCUUCCUUCCACCACUUCGUCACCCAGAAAUUCAACCUGACGUCCAACAACACCUGGAUUUGCUUCGGAGGCUCCUAUCCUGGCUCGCUGUCUGCCUGGUUCAGACUCAAGGUGGGACCACAAGAUCUCCAGUAGAGGCCAAUAGGAACAGGACAGUGCCAGAAUUACUUAUAAGCUAAACAAGCUAUAGCUUAGGGCUCCACUCUCUUGGGGCCCCCCAAAAAUUAAAGGGAAAAAAACACCUGGAUGUACAUUUCCAGAAUAUAAGAUAAAAAACGAAUAAAAUAAAACCUACAUACAGCAACAGUGUUUUGUGUUGUAUAGGCUCCUAGGAUGUAAGUCAUGGGCCCCGUCAGCUAGCCUGCUCCCUAAAAUAUCACUGGUUUGCUCAUUUCUAUAUAUAGGGUGCCGACAUUCUGCAUGGGCUGGUUGCAUGAGUAAACAAACAAAUCCCUGGGUUGCAAAAUAUAAGUCAGCAAUAUCAAAAGCAACACGAUGGCCAGAAACAAUAACAAUGUGAAAAACUUUAUGGAAUAAUUGAAAACAUCAAAACUAACAAACGGAAGUCUCUGAAAGUCCUUAAAUGAAUCACGGUGCCAGACUUUACCCGGCGGAGAGCAAAUUGUGAGUAGAUAUAAUGAAAAAUAUUCUGGAACAGUGCUCAUGCAAUCUCUUCGAAAAAAGAUUGGUUAAUGAAGAAAUUACAUAUCUUUCUACUUAAGAGUGUUGAACUAAUUGGCUGAUGAAGAAUUCAACAAAACAGUAGUUGUUAUCUGGAAACACUGUUCAGCAGAGUUCAGAGUUGGACAGCAGAAUUGGACAUUUGCUGAUUAUACAAAGCUUCACAGCUUGCUCUCCAUCUUCCGUGAACACAGUCUCAAAAGUGAGUCCGUAAGUGACUACAGAGGCCAAUUCUGGAUCCACACGUCCAUUCUCUCUCUCUCUCUCUCUGUUCCAGUUUCCCCACCUGGUUUUUGCUGCUGUUGCUUCUUCUGCCCCCGUCAGAGCCCAGCUGGAUUUCACAGGCUACCUUAUGGUGAGUUCUUGGCAAAGAAACCAGGUGGUCUUUUUGAGUUUGGGGAUGGCCCUCAGAGCUCCUUGAGGCCCUCUCAAAUGAUGACCACACUGGUACCGAAUACCAAGAAAACUAGUGUUAAUACGCCCAGGAACCUCACCAAAAUGCUGGAGAGGGUACACCUCCACAGGCACAUACCUCCACAUGUGGUGGGAGUGCCCCAAAAUCCAACUAUUCUGGACAACAACCAUACGAGAAAUAUGUAAAAUAACCAAGCAAGUAUUAGAAACCACCCCAGAAUUGGCCUUACUAAACAUCUUCCAAGGCAAUAAUGCCCACUUACACCACAAAGAACUCAUAACCCACCUACUUUCAGCAGCCAGAAGCACCAUAACCAGACACUGGAGAGACCUGUCAGGAGUAAGCAUGGACCAAUGGUACCAAAUAGUAUGGGAAAUAGCCCUACUAGAAAAAUUAACCAAUAAACUGAAACUGACACGGGGACAAAUAGAAGAAGACACCUUCACCCCAGUAUGGCUCCCAUUUAUCACACACACAGCCCAACAAGACAAUGACAAAAAUCCACCAACAGCAUACAAAUCAAUAUGGCUAACCUGAUCCAAAACACCCACCCACCCCACUCACACAUGAAAAGAAAGACCACCACAGCCAACCACAGAUGAACAGCCACACCUUAGGCCAACCCCAACCUCUCUCACCACCAAAGGAGCACAAGCGAACAGCAGAGAACCUGCACAAGCAACGCUGACACCAAACCACCACAUUUAUUAAAUAAAAUAGAAACAUCGCCACCUGACCCCACCCCCACUCAUCUUCCCCCCUGCCACCUCUUUCCCCCUAUUCUUCCUACUGUGUCAACAAAUGAAACUGAUUUGUUAAAAUGUUACAUGGGGGAAAAAUAUGAGAGAAAGUCAUUGCACACAGUUUUGUAAAUUAAGAAAAUCUUUAAUACAAAUACAUUAAAAAAAUAAUAAUGAUGACCACACGAUGGCCAAAAGUUUGCCCGUGGUUGAACUCAGCCUCGGUCAACCGGAAAGGCCUCCAGAUAUUUGGACUACAACUCCCAUCAGCGCUGGCGGGGGCUGAUGGGAGUUGUAGUCCAAAUAUCGCCAGUUUUGACUCGAAAGGAAAUUAUUCCUCCUCCCCCAAAUAGCGAAGAAGAAAAAGCUGGAAUUAAUACCACAGUGUGAAUCAUCACAUUCGAACGUAAUGUUCCCACCAUGCCUGAAACCCCAUGCGACUUAACAACUUCGUCCUUAUCCCCCCCCCACCUAUCUCUCUUUUGCUUCUUCCUCUCCAGGUUGUUGCCGCAAGUCUGUCCAAUCCAGUGGUCGGUGGUUCCAAAGAGGUGGGGUUUUUAAUAUUUUCCCAGAUGACUCGUUUUUUGGCCGUGUGGCAAAGUGCAACCGUUAAAAGUGGUUCUGUAACGCUUUAAAUGCAUAGUGCGGACGCAUCCCUGCUUUUUGCCGCCUGUCGUGUGCUCCCCCUGUGUUUCCUUUUUUAAAAAAGAAAUAUUUAUUUGAUUUCAGAAAAAAUAAACUAAUAAUAAUAAUAAUAAUAAAAGUUUAUUUGUAUCCCACCCUCCCUGGCAGAGACUGGGCUCAGGGCGGCUAACAUCAGAUAUAUAACAUUGGUAUAAAAUCAAACAAUAAUUAAAUUACCUCCUAAAAACAAGUCAGGAUCAAAUAAUAACAAAGUCGAUUAAAAAUCCAUAUAACGAGAUUGCUCUGAAUCUUAAGGCUUUCCCCCAUCCCCUCCAGUUGUCAAGAUUCACAACUGCAUAUCAGUCCAUUAUCCACAUUUUUUAUCCAUCUAAAUUGUCCAUAGUUUUUGUUACUUUACAAGUGCGAUUAAAAUCGUGCCAGUGUUUUCAUCUGCUUACAAUGGUCUCCUAAAUAAAUUACAAAAUUUCCCCAUUCUUUUUUUCAAAGUUCCUGUCCUCACCUUCCUUUUUGCUUGCCUCGCAGUGCAUGGAGGCCGUGGCUGACGGCUUCUCUGCUGUGGAUGCCCUGGUGCAAGAUGGAGCCCGGGCCAAGCUGGCAAAGGACUUCCGCUCCUGCCAGGAGUUGGAGGGCCCUGGCGACUGCGUGGAGCUGGUGUCCAACCUGGCUGACAUCUUCAUGCUGGCUGCGCAGUACAACAACGAAUACAUGGAGUGGAGCACCAUCGCCAACUUUUGUCGUGUCAUGACCAACAACAAGACUGGCUCUGCCUACCAGAGACUUAUGGCUGCCAACAACGUAAGCCUGCGUCUCGGUGGGCAGGAGACCAUUCUAGGGCCCGGACUGAGGAGCUGUGUCAAUCCUUUUCCUUUGUUUAGGAUGAGAGUGUGACUGGGCUGCAACUCCAGUGUGGUGUAGUGGUUAAAAGCGGUAGUCUUGUAAUCUGGGGAACCGGGUUCGCGUCUCCGCUCCUCCACAUGCAGCUGCUGGGUGACCUUGGGCCAGUCACACUUCUCUGAAGUCUCUCAGCCCCACUCACCUCACAGAGUGUUUGUUGUGGGGGAGGAAGGGAAAGGAGAUUGUUAGCUGCUUUGAGACUCCUUCGGGGAGUGAUAAAGCGGGAUGUCAAAUCCAAACUCUUCUUCUCUCAGUAUUAUUUAUUAUUAGUAUUACUAUCUGGACUCGCACCUUGGCAGCUGUUUUGUGCGGGCGCCCACGGCAUGUUUAUCGCAAUAUGAGCGUUUUUUAAACAACAACAACAAAAGGACUUUAUUUUAUUUCGUAAAGUUUAUAUACACUUGAUUAUAGUGGGGGGGAAUCUAAAAGCGGUUUACAAAAAAGAAUAGAAUACAGUCAUACCUCGGGUUACAGCCACUUCAGGCUGCGUUUUUUUGGGUUGCGGACCGCUGAAACCUGGAAGUACCAGAAUGGGUUACUUCUGGGUUUUGGCGGUCGCGCAUGCGCAGAAGUGCCGAAUCGCAACCCGUGCAGACGCGGGUUGCGAACGCUGCUGGUUGCGAACAUGCAUCCCACAUGGAUCACGUUCGCAACCCGAGCGCCAACUGUAAUAGAAAUGUCUCCCCAAAACGUGCCAGAAAGUACCGUAUUUAUUGCUCUAUAAACUCACUUUUUCCCUCCUAAAAAGUAAGGGGGAAUGUGUGUGCGUCUUAUGGAGCGAAUGCAGGCUGCACAGCUAUCCCAGAAGCCAGAACAGCAAGAGGGAUUGCUGCUUUCACUGCGCAGCGAUCCCUCUUGUUGUUCUGGCUUCUGAGAUUCAGAAUAUUUUUUUUCUUGUUUUCCUCCUCCAAAAACUAGGUGCGUCUUGUGGUCUGGUGCGUCUUAUAGAGCGAAAAAUACGGCAAAUGAUAGGCUCAGAGCAAAACACAUGUGUCCGGAUAGGCUUGCCUAACCAAACAAACCAACAAAAUGUUUUUAGUAGGCGCCAAAAAGAGUACAAUGAAAGGUACCUGACUGAUUUCACGAUGCAGGGAGUUCCAAAGUGUGUCAAAGUUGCUGAGAGUUGCAAGGAGACCCCCUAUUCCCCUCACCAAGCUACAAUUCCCUAGCUCUUUCCUGUGAAGAGGGAUUGACCAUGAAACCACUCUGGAAUUAAUAAUAAUGAUGAUAAUAAUAAUAAUAACUGAAUCACUAUAUCACAAGGUUCUGUGCAAAAAUAUUAUAAAAAACAUUAAACAAUUUAAAAAGGAAUAGAUACAUUAAAAAUAACCCAGAUGGAGACCCCUAGCAUAGCUGGAAAAGCUUUUCAGGCCAAAAAUGUCGUCAGUUGUUUCCUGUUGCGCCAUCGCUGACCAUUAGCUGAGCUGGGAGUCCUGGACUCGCAGCGGCGUCUGAAAGGCACUUCCUUGGCCACCUCUGGGUCUGUGCAACAGCCAUUCUGGGACUGAAGCUCCUCUUAUUUUCUUAUAUAUUUAAUGUAUAGGUGUGGGUUUUUUUUGCACUAGCCAAAGGCCAUGGCAUCAUCCAAAGAAGAAAAACGAAAACAGCAGUUGCUCCAUAGACAGUAAAACCAUGAUCCAAUCCACCUGAAUUCCUUAUUACACAGAAUAAAAUGUAAUCCUCAAAUAAAAUGUGCAGAUUUAGAUCUCAAGAGUCCCCUUUGCAAUUGACCGCGAGCCCACCCAGAUCUUUCUUCCUAAUCUUCCUAGCUGCCACCUUAUAAGUCACGGAGUUAUCACUCAGCAGCCAGUUCACCCUCUGGUUAGAUUUGUUACCUUCGUGAAAAGGGGUUUUGUGAAUCGGUUUCUUGGGUCCAUAUAUAGUGGACGUUGUAGCAAGUGAUGGCAAACGUUCUGUACAUGUGGUUGCCCACGCAGGCAAAGUCUCUCUUCAAAAGGUAUUCCGUUGUAUCGCCCACCCAGGGCCGGAUUUAGGUUUGAUGAGGCCCUCAGCUACUGAAGGCAAUGGGGCCCUUUAUAUGUCCAGCUGUCCUUUGUCAACAACAAAUUGUUGCUGUUUUUUGUGUUGAAUAUAUGCUACAAUGGACGAUUCAGUUGCGAAUGUGAUCUGUGCGGGAUGCACAUUCGCAACCCGCGGCGGUGCCUCUGCGCACGUGCCGGUUGCAAUUUGGUGCUUCUGCGCAUGCGCAAAGCGCGAUUUAGCGCUUCUGUGCAUGCACAACCGCCGAAACCCGGAAGUAACCCAUUCCGGUACUUCCGGGUUUUGGCAGGCCUGUAACCCGAAAAAACACAAACUGAAGCGUCUGUAACCCGAGGUAUGACUGUAUAUGGUAAUUUAUGGACCUAAUAGGUAUCUAAACCCAUUUGCACAUAACAAAUAGGAACCUACACAACACAAAACACUGUUGCUGUAUGUAGGUUUUAUUUUAUUUGUUUUUUAUAUUAUAUUUUGGAAAUGUAUAUCCAUGUUUUUCCCCUUUAAAUUUUUGGGGGCCCCCAAGAGAGUGGGGCCCUAAGCUAUAGCUUGUUUAGCUUAUACGUAAAACCUCUCUUCUUUUCAAAAGGUGUAUUUGGACGGCAUGAACAUGACAUGCACACAGAACAAUCACACAGAGGCCCUGAAGGAGCUGCGCAGCACAUCCAUCUCCACGACAGGCGUGGGCAUCAGGCAAUGGUACUUCCAGACAUGUACAGAGUUCGGAUACUGUAAGUGAGAGUUAACAUUUUGCCCUCUGCUCUCCUCCUCCUCCACAUAUUAUUAUUAUUAUUAUUAUUAUUCACCCUAAGGUCCUGGGAUGGGUUAUUUGUGUUGGUGAGGAGAUGAGAGUUUGUUCAUCUCAAAUCAGACCUAAUCUAAAUGAGAUUGCCUGGCAAAAAAGCGAGCUCACGCCUCUCAUUGAACUUGCAUACAUACUUAAGGUACAUAGGUAAGAGGCUUGUUUAUAAUUAUAUUUUGGGAAUCCCUCACGUUCCUGUGCAUCUGUUUCGCUUUAUUCUGGCUGCCCCACGAUCAUAUUAUAAAGUAGUCGUGCUCUACGUUACAAAUCAAGCACGUCUGGGAGCUGUUUCUUUUCGUUUUCCAACGUAUUGAGAGAAGAUUUGUUGUGGCGCAAGCAAAUUGUUAAUCUGAAAGUGUGGCCCAGAGGAAGAAGGUUUGAGAACCACUGACUUGGGGGCUGCCCCAUAGAAGGCCCUGUCCUGGACCUCCACCGCUGAGCUUCUGAGUCCAACCAAGUGUGGGCUUUCCCAUCUGCAUUGUUUCCCGUGAACUUAUUUUCUUUCUAUCUAUCUAUCUAUCUAUCUAUCUAUCUAUCUAUCUAUCUAUCUAUCUAUCAUCUACCUAUCUAUCUAUUUAUUUAUAAUAUACAUUUUUAUUAAUUUUUUUAACAUAUCAGUUCCAACAGUCAUACAACAUAACUUCUCAUCUUAUAUAAUAUUUUGGACUUCCGUCAACUCCUCUGAUGAUUUUCCAUUUUUUAUCACUUAUUCUGCAUUUCUCACUUUCUGUAUUACAUAUAAUUAUCCUUAACUAAUAAUUCUCUUCAUAGUCUUUCUUGCAAUAUUUCAAAUAAUUCACCUUACAAAACUUCUUGCAAUCCUACUAGCGCAAUCAUCACAGUUACUUUUCAAAUAGUUCAUAUAUUUACUCCAGUCUUCUAAGAAUCUCUGAUCCCGCUGGUUUCGAAUCCUUCCUGUUAAUUUAUCUAAUUCUGCGUAGUCCAUCAACUUCAUCCUCCAUUCUUGAGUAAUUCUUCUUGCUUCCAUUUUUGUGCCAAUAAUAUUCUUGCUGCUGUCAUUGCGUAUGAAAACAACUUACAAUCCUGUCUGUUAAUAUCAUCUCCUACAAUGCCAAGUAAAAAUGCUUCUGGUUUCUUAACAAAUGUAUAUUUCAACAUCUUUCUUGUUCCCCGUGAACUUAGUGGCCUCAGCCCUGCCUUUUGCGCUUUAUUCCUCUUGCUCUAGACCAAACCUGUGACGAUCCUGCCUGCCGUUUCUCUCGCUUCAUGAACCUGACGACUGAGCUUGAUACCUGCCGAGAGGUCUUCGGCAUCCCCUCUCAGGCUGUCCAGGAGGCUGUGUCCUUCACCAACGACUACUAUGGGGCCGAUCGCCCCAAAGCCAGCCGCGUCCUCUUUGUGAAUGGUACGGAGGGUGGGGAGAUGUGGGGCCCUCCCAGACACCAGUGUGCAGCGCGUAGUUGCGAGAGAGGGAGAGACCCCCAGCUUGAAGCCUAUGGAGAGCUCUGUUUUGUCAAACCAAAUACAGUCAUACCUCGGGUUGAAGUUGCUUCAGGUUGAGCGCUUUCGAGUUGCGCUCCGUGGUGACCCGGAAGUAAUGGAAUCGGUAACUUCCGGGUUUCGCUGCUUGCGCAUGCGCAGACGCUCAAAAUGACAUCACGCGCAUGAGCGGAAGCGGCGAAUCGCGGCACGCGCAGACGCGGGUUGCGUUCGCUUCAGGAUGCGAACGGGGCUCCGGAACGGAUCCUGUUUGUAUACAGCGGUACCACUGUAUUUAUGUGGCUGGUUGUGAUUGCUGGUCAGCGAAGAGAAAAGUGCUCUACACAUGCUCAGAGGCAGAUUUCCCCCUUCACUGUGAGGGGUGUGUAGGGUUUCUCACUGUUUGUCUGUGGAACAGACUCUUUAACCAGGCUGAUUGGCAUCCAAUACCUUUUUAAAAUGUGUAGUGGAAAGGGGGGGCGGUAUUGGGAUGUUUUUGUUUUUAUUAUGUAUUUUCUAUUUUUUUAUAUUGUGAUUUUAUGUUGCAAACAACAACAACAGACUCCCUCAGGAGGUGAUGAACUCUUCUUUCUUGGUGGUUUUUAAGCAGAGGUUGGGUGGUCAUUUGCCAUGCAUGAUGUUCAUAUAUGAUUUAUGAUCAUGUGUGUUGAGAUUCCUGCAUCAGAGGAGGUUGGCCUAUAGAUGACCCUCUACAAUCCUAUGAUUCCGUUUCUCCUCCUCCACUUCUGUGAGUUCCAUUUUUGCACGGACAGAACAAGAGAUAAUAACAACGCAAUUUCAUUUCAAAAUCUAAGCCAAGGGGGUCUGUCAUCUGAGGCGGAUAUACGAAUAAACCCAUUGGGUUGCACCCAACUAAGUUUUACUCACAGUAGCCCCAUUGAAAUAAAAGGACCUAAUUUAGUUGUGUUCAUAAAUUUCAAUAGGUCUACUCUGAGUAGAGCCACAACACAUUUUCCAGCGAGUUCAUAGGAGCAGCGUAGGUCCCCCAUCCUGGCAUCAGAAGUUAGCUUCCGAGAUCUGCCUAUCCCAUUGGAUCACACUGGCGAAUCAGUUUACUUUCUCUCCUCCUCGGUGAUUGAUCACUGCCUUCUCUCCCCAGGCGACAUUGAUCCUUGGCACGCCCUGAGUGUCCUCAAGAACCAGUCCCGCUCCGAACGGGCCAUUUUAAUCAACGGCACUUCCCACUGCGCCGACAUGAGGACACCCAGCCCCCGGGACCCACUGGCCCUUGUCCAUGCCAAAGAGGUGAGAGCGGCCGGGAGAUUCUCACUUGAAUGUUCUGGGGAUAGGGGGUGGCAUGGGGGGAAAAAAUAAAUUGGAAUCCAGAACGUUUUUCAGGAAGUUCCACUUCUGGUCUCAGGCUGCAGGCAAUGCAGGGAAGAAUUAGAGUGCAUAACCCUUUUAGGAAAGUUCUGUUUCCUCCUAUGAAGAUAUAAUAAUAAUAAUAAUAAUAAUAAUAAUAAUAAUAAUAAUUUAUUAUUUAUACCCAGUCCAUCUGGCUGGGUUUCCCCAGCCACUCUGGGCGGCUUCCAACCAAAUAUUAAAAACAAUACAGCAUCAGACGUUAAAAACUUCCCUAAACAGGGCCGCCUUCAGUUGUCUUUUAAAAGUAAAAUAGUUGUUUAUUGCCUUAACAUCUGGUGGGAGGGCGUUCCAGAGGGAGGGUGCCACUACCGAGAAGGCCCUCUGCCUGAUUCCCUGUAGCUUUGCUUCUCGCAGUGAGGGAACCACCAGAAGGCCCUUGGCACUGGAUCUCAGUGUCCGGGCAGAACGAUGGGGGUGGAGACACUCCUUCAGCUAUACUGAACCGAGGCUGUUUAGGGCUUUAAAGGUCAGCACCAACACUUUGAAUUUUGCUUGGAAACGUACUGGGAGCCAAUGAAGAUCUUUCAAGACCGGUGUUAUAUGGUCUCAGCAGCCACUCCCAGUCACCGGUCUAGCUGCCACAUUCUGAAUUAGUUGUAGUUUCCGGGUCACCUUCAAAGGUAGCCCCACAGAGAGCGCAUUGCAGUAGUCCAAGUGGGAGACAACCAGAGCAUGCACCACUCUGGCAAGGCAGUCCGCAGGCAGGUAGGGUCUCAGCCUCCAUACCAGAUGGAGCUGGCAGACAUCUGCCCUGGACACAGAUUAGCCUCUUGGUCUAUGAACCUUGUAGUGGGGUAGGAGAGUUAAAUAUAAUGCCAAUAUAUUUUACAUCAGGCAACCAAUGCGCCCCUUAAGUUUCAGAUAAUACAAGUCUAAAAAGCCCCAGGCACAAAUUUUCAUGGCCCUCUAGCAUCUGUGGUGGCUCAUGUACCGGAAACAAUAUAUUUAUUGUUAACUCUGGAAAUGUAUGCUCGAUUCUGACCCUCCUGAUUUAUAUUUUGCUCCUGAUGUACCGCAUUUUUCGCUCUGUAAGACGCACCAGACCACAAGACGCACCUAGUUUUUGGAGGAGGAAAACAAGAAAAAAAAUAUUCUGAAUCUCAGAAGCCAGAACAGCAAGAGGGAUCGCUGCGCAGUGAAAGCAGCAAUCCCUCUUGCUGUUCUGGCUUCUGGGAUAGCUGCGCAGCCUGCAUUCGCUCCAUAAGACGCACACACAUUUCCCCUUACUUUUUAGGAGGGGAAAAGUGAGUCUUAUAGAGCAAAAAAUACGGUAUAUUUUGCUCCCCACAAAUGUCUGCUUGUUAGGGUCUUGUUUUAAAUGUUUUUGUUUUUAAUUAAUGUGCAAAGUACCUUGAGAUGGUGGUUAAAAGGUGGUUAAUAAAUCAACGGCAGUAAUUAAAAUGAAAACAAUUGUCCCUGAAUUAGGAGCACAGCCUAUAAAUCAGGAUUCUAGUUAGGAGCUUGGCCAACCUUGGCUUUAUUUUCUCUCCCUCCCCACUCCCUCCAUACAGCAAAUCUCCUUGCAGGUUGAUGAGUGGCUGAAGUUAGCAAGAAAGAUAAAUCAAGGCAGCUGA